UGGACCAACUGGAUAACAUGAUAAGAGAGCCCGCCUCUUAAGUUGACAGCACCCUUCCUGGAGCACGGUUUAACUACAGACACUGCAGAGCUGCAAUCAUUCGCACUAUGAUGAACUUCAUCUUGACAACAGCUUUAAUUAUCUGCAGCAUCAGCUGGAUCUCUGUCUCAGUUUCUGAGUCUCAGACUGUGAAGGUCCAGCCUGGUCAAGAAGUCACACUGUCGACUACCAACAUUUCCAGAAAUCAAGCCAUGACAACCUGGUUCAGAGUGGUCAACAGAACCAAGGCCAGCUGUAUCUCCAUUAUGACCAAGGCUGACAGCGAUCCUAAAUACUGUGAUGGAGUAGAAAACGGAAAAUUUGAAAUGAGCUCCAACACCUCCACUGUCUUUCUCAAAAUUAAGACAGUGAAUUUUCCUGACUCUGGGCUGUAUUUGUGUGGAUUUUUCAUAGAGGGACAGACAAUUUUAAGUGCGAUACAUUUAAAUGUUGAAGGCAGUGAUGAAUCUCAUGAUGAUGCUGACAGAAAGUCUACAAAGAGUGAUAGAAUACCAAACCUGAUGAGUGUGAUCCUGGGCGGCCUGACUGUUUUCCUCAUAAUGGUCAUCAUCUGUCUGGUUGUUAAAAACAGGAAACUUCAAAAAGCUGCCAACAAAGAACAGAAUCCACAACAGCGUGAGAAUCUGGACUCUGAUGACCUGAAAGCACUGAGUUUGUAUUCAACAACAAUAAGAAACAGGAGGCCUGCAUCAGAGAGAGAAGUGGAAACUCAUGUUGUUUAUGCUGCCAGCAGAUAGAAUAAUGCUAUUAAUCAUAUUCAUCAAUUGCUGUUAUGUUAUGUGUG